UAGCUAUCUAUUUAAGACACGUAGAAAGCUAACCGGCUGGCUGGCUAGUACAUUUACUAAUUCAAACUUUCUACCUCAUCGGGGAGAGACACCGCACCGUUAUCCAGCGAUAUCAACAACUACCUUAUUGAACAUCUACCGUUGCAUUGAGAUAACAAGUACAUCUGCAAUAUUUUCGAAUUUGGGCACCAUGUUUAAAAGGGAUGGUAAGAAGGACCCAGAACUAUUCCAAAAUGUCUCUGAAGGGCUGAAAAAACUGUACAGGACCAAACUCUUUCCAUUGGAAGACACCUACCGCUUCCACGAUUUCCAUUCACCCGCUUUGGAAGAUGCCGACUUUGACAACAAGCCUAUGGUGCUCUUGGUUGGCCAAUACUCUACAGGUAAAACCACCUUUAUCCGGCAUCUAAUGGAGCAAGAUUUCCCCGGCAUGCGGAUAGGGCCCGAACCGACCACCGACUCCUUCAUAGCGGUCAUGCAUGGAGAGCAGGAGGGGCUGAUCCCAGGCAACGCACUAGUAGUUGACCCCAAGAAACCCUUCAGAAAACUCAACGCUUUUGGCAAUGCUUUUCUUAACAGGUUUGUGUGUGCUCAGAUGCCCAACGCUGUAUUGGAGAGCAUCAGCAUCAUCGACACCCCAGGAAUCCUGUCUGGAGAGAAGCAGAGGCUCAGCAGAGGCUAUGACUUUGCUGCAGUGCUGGAGUGGUUUGCAGAACGCGUUGACCGCAUCAUCCUGCUCUUCGACGCCCACAAGCUGGACAUCUCAGAUGAAUUCUCUGAGGUGAUCCGCGCCCUGAAGAACCAUGAGGAUAAGAUGCGGGUGGUUCUGAACAAGGCUGACCAGAUUGGUACGCAGCAGCUGAUGAGGGUCUAUGGCGCCCUCAUGUGGUCUCUUGGUAAAAUUGUUGGCACUCCAGAGGUGAUCCGGGUGUAUAUCGGUUCUUUUUGGGCUCAGCCGCUCCUGGUCCCAGACAACCGGAAGCUUUUUGAGGCUGAGGAACAGGACCUUUUCAAGGAUAUUCAGGGGCUGCCUCGGAAUGCUGCUCUGAGGAAGCUCAAUGACCUCAUCAAGCGGGCUCGCCUCGCCAAGGUCCACGCUUACAUUAUCAGCUCUCUAAAGAAGGAGAUGCCCAAUAUGUUUGGGAAGGAUAAUAAGAAGAAGGAGCUGAUCGCCAACCUGGGGGAGAUCUACACGAGGAUUGAGAAAGAGCACCAGAUCUCACCUGGAGACUUCCCCAAACUAGCUAAGAUGCAGGAGAUCUUGGCAAACCAGGACUUCAGUAAGUUCCAGGUGGUGAAGCCCAAGCUGCUGGAGGCCGUUGAGGACAUGCUAGCCAAUGACAUCGCCAAACUCAUGACCCUCGUCCGCCAGGAGGAGGCAGCCAUGCCCAGCCAGUCAGUCCAAGGUGGUGCCUUCGAGGGCACCAUGAAUGGGCCCUUCGGCCAUGGCUACGGCGAGGGUGCAGGCGAGGGCAUUGAUGAGCUGGAGUGGGUAGUGGCACGAGACAAACCCACCUACGAUGAGAUCUUCUACACCCUGUCUCCUGUCAACGGCAAAGUGUCUGGUGCCAUGGCCAAGAAGGAAAUGGUGAAGUCCAAGCUGCCCAACACAGUGCUGGGAAAGAUCUGGAAGCUGGCUGACGUAGACAAGGACGGUUUCCUGGACGACGAAGAGUUUUCCCUUGCCAAUCACUUGAUCAAGGUGAAGCUUGAGGGUCACGAGCUUCCCACUGACCUGCCAGAACACCUUAUCCCCCCCUCCAAAAGGGGACUGUAGAAUUGGAAAUCUGUCAUAUAUGGCAUUGGAAUAGGCCUGAACAAGUAGAAUGGUGCUUAGAGGUGUUUGGGAGAGCUGGGUGGGUGGAUGGGAUGAGCUAAAAGGGAAAGGGUUAGUAUUUUUGGCCAGGGUAAAUGUGACUGUUAAGUGGGUGUUUGAUAGCAAACCGCCUAGAUAAGGUGUUGUGGGGUAUGGGAAUGUGACAAAUUGUGGUGUUGGGGUUAAAGUAAUGUUAGCCUGUAUAUGACAAUUGGCAUAGUCCAUUCAAAAAUAGAAAGAGAAAUAAACAUGUUUAACUUAUUCAUCACCUGUGAAUCCCUGAUCUUUAUUAUUACUUAUAUUUCUCAUCCUUAUCAUAAGGCCUUUGAUGUCAUUUGUGCUCACAGUACAAUCACAUUUAAAUUUUUCUCAUUGGGCCAUGUCCAAAAGUGAAUUCAAUUUAUUCCUUUGAUAAAAAAUGUCUCGUAUAAGAGGGUUUGUAUACUUAUACAGGUCACUCAACAAAUCAAACGAUUAAAGAAACAAGGGACGCUCAAAACAAAUAUAUGCUGGGGAAAAUUGUAUUUAAUCCUUGUCUUCCAUUAAGUUCGAGUUUAGUCUAUUGUUUAUUCUACUUACAAACAUUUAAUCAAAAUAUAUAAUUUCUAAUCAAAACAAUGUGUAUGUUUAGCUUUUCUAAAGCCAUUAUAAAGCAAAGUGUUCUUUGAGUCUGAAAACAAGAGUUGCAGAAGCACAGGCACCCAUGGAAAGAGAAAAGUCUGAGCCUUUUGGGUAAAACACUGGAGUCCUCAAAGGAAUUGUGGCUUUAAAGUCUGAAGACCAGAGUUGCAGAAGUACAAAUAUAGGGCUACCUGUUGGCAGGGCAAAUAUUGGUCACCCCAUAAUGAAUGAUAACAAUAGACAAGGUAUUAGUGUUCUUCCCAGCAUGCCAAACACUUCUGCUUUGUUCUCUUGUGUAGACUCAACUGACAUGCAGAUGGUACAUCAACCUUACAUUAUCUGAACUUCUCAUUAAUUGACUAAUAAGUUCAGAUUGUUGUGCCUCAUAUUGUCACGGACUUGUAGAUUUAUUAGAUCACAGACAAACGUUUGUCUUGGACAACAUUUCCUAGCUCCUGGUGUCUUUAACAGCUGUCUCCUGUAAACCAUAUUUUGUCAAAUUAUGAAAUAUGUGACAUUUAAGCUACAUUUAGCCAUUUUUCAGUCAAUUUAUCAUAUGGAUUUUUUUUCUGAUAUUGUCCAGAUCUAGUUGGGCAUACAGUAUGAAUUAACAAAAUGUCUGAUCAAAUAUAUUUAUGGAAAACCAAUUAUCUGAUUUUAGGGGACAGACUAGCUUCAAAAUCCCAUUUUGAUCCCUGGCAGUCACAUCUUUGGUUAGCCUUUAAUGACAGGCGCUGUAGACGUUUUUGUAGAAGUGCCUCAACUUUACAGCUCUUAAAUGUUCAUAUGUACAUUGUUUUUAGUCUAUUUUGAAAUAAAAUUGUAUUAUAAUACA